GCCCCUUCCCCAGACUCCAGCCCAGUUUUCUGAUCUCCUCGGCAGCCUUUGAGGCCGCCUCCAAAGAGCGUCAGGAUGUCGGAGGAAAAGCCUGAUAAAAUAGCGCCGGAGGAAACUGCAUUUGAAGAAAUCGAGAAAGAUUUUCAGGAGGUUCUCAAUGAACUUUCAGGAGACAAGAGUCUAGAAAAAUUCAGGGUUGAAUAUGAGAAGCUUCACACCAUCAUGAAAAAGUCCUACGAGAAUGAGAAACGUCUCAUGGCCAAAUGCAGAGAGCUGAACGCGGAGAUCGUGGUGAACUCCGCCAAGGUUGCCACUGCCCUGAAGCUUUCUCAGGACGACCAGACCACCAUAGCGUCUCUGAAGAAGGAAAUCGAAAAAGCCUGGAAGAUGGUGGACUCAGCAUAUGAUAAGGAGCAAAAGGCCAAGGAGACAAUUCUCGCCCUGAAAGAGGAAAUAGUGAACCUGACCAAACUGAUUGAGCAGGGGUCUGGACUGUCAAUGGAUCAGGACAGCAGCAUCCGAGAUUUACUGAAGUUCAAAGAAGAGGUGACAAGGGAGCGCGACCAGCUCCUGACAGAAGUGGUGAAGUUGCGGGAGAACCUAGCUCAGAUCACCGAAAAGCAGCAGGCAGCGGAGCGCGCCAAGGAAGAAGCGGAACACGCCAUCAAUCAGUUCCAACAAGAAAUCCAGCAUCGUCAGAAUGAAGCUUCCAGGGAGUCUCGGAAGAAGGAAAAGCUGGAGAAAGAGCUCAAGCAGAUCCAGUUGGACAUGGACGGCAGGCAGUCAGAGAUCAAGGCCAUGCAGCAGUACAUGCACAAGAGCAAGGAGGAGGUUCAGCGGCUGGAACAGCAGCUCAAGGAGCAGAAGAUACUGAAUGAGAGAGCUGCAAAGGAGGUGGAGCAGUUUCAGCUGCGGAACAUGAAACUCCAGCAAGAGAAUGAGCAGCACACGUUGACUUGUGAGCAGCUGUCCCAGGAAAACCAGCAGAAGGCCCUGGAACUCAAAGCCAAGGAGGAUGAAAUCCACCAGAUGCGCCUCGACCUUGGAAAGCUCAACAAGAUCAGAGAACAGAUCCACAAGAAACUGCGCCUGAUCGAUGACCAAAAGAUCGAAGUGGAACAGCAGAAGGAGACCCUGAAGAACCAGAUCCUGGGGUUAGAGAGAGAGGUUGAGUCUUCAAAGAAGCAAGCGGAGCUUGAUAAGAAGGCAAUGGAGGAGCUUCUGAGAGAGAGGGACAUACUGAACAAGAAUAUGCUUAAGGCAGUCAGUGCGACCCAGAAGCAGGUGGACCUGGUGAAGCUUCACGAGCAAGCCAAGAGGAACCUGGAGGAGGAGAUCCAGAACUACAAGGACGAGGCCCAGAAGCAGAGGAAGAUCAUCUUUCAGCUGGAAAAGGAGCGGGAUCGGUACAUCAACGAGGCCAGCGACCUCACCCAGAGGGUCCUUGCAAACAUGGAAGACAUUAAAGUCCGAGAAAUACAGAUUUUUGACUACAGGAAGAAAAUCGCUGAAUCAGAGACUAAGUUGAAACAGCAGCAAAACCUGUACGAAGCUGUGAGAUCCGACAGAAACCUGUACAGCAAAAACCUGGUCGAGGCUCAGGAUGAAAUAACAGAAAUGAAGAGAAAGUUGAAGAUCAUGACGCAUCAGGUGGACCAGCUGAAGGAAGAAAUCUCUGCGAAGGAGGCUGCCCUUGUGAAGCUGCAUCUGGAACAGCAGCGCAUCGAAAAGGAGAAAGAGACACUGAAGGCUGAGCUGCAGAAGCUGAGACAGCAAGCCCUGGAGACCAAACACUUCAUCGAGAAGCAGGAGGUGGAAGAGAGGAAACUCUUGCGCAUCAUUGCCGAGGCCGACGGGGAGAGGCUGAGGCAGAAGAAGGAAUUAGACCAGGUCAUCAGUGAGAGAGACAUCCUGGGGUCUCAACUCGUUCGGCGCAACGACGAGCUGGCCUUGCUCUACGAGAAGAUUAAGAUCCAACAGUCGGUGCUGAACAAAGGCGAGACCCAGUACAACCAGAGGGUCGAGGACAUGCGCAUCCUCAAGCUGGAGAUCAAGAAGCUUCGCAGGGAGAAGGGGAUCCUGGCCAGGAGUGUGGCUAACAUAGAGGAACUCAGGCAGGAGCUUUACCACAUGCAAAGGGAAUUCCUGAAGGAAAGGACGAGGUGCCGCGCCCUGGAGGAGGAGCUGGAGAACCCCAUGAAUGUACACAGAUGGAGAAAGCUCGAGGCUAGCGACCCCAGUACCUUCGAGCUGAUCCAGAAAAUCCACACCCUGCAGAAACGGCUCAUCAGCAAGACAGAAGAGGUGGUAGAGAAAGAACUUCUUCUUCAGGAGAAGGAGAAGCUGUACGUGGAACUGAAGCACAUCUUGGCCCGGCAGCCCGGCCCGGAGGCUGCAGAACAGCUGCAGAUCUACCGGUACACGCUGCGGGAGAAGACCAAGCAGCUGAAAGUUCUGUCAUCAGAGUUGAAUAUGUAUGAAUCGCAGAGCCAGGAGUACAAGUAUGAGAUCGAGAGACUUAGCAACGAACUGGUGACUUUAAAGAAGAAAUACCUGGCCCAGAAACGCAAAGAACUCGUUCAGAAAAACAAGGACAGGAUAUCCAUAAACAACAUCUUCUCAGACUCCAAGCAGUCCGUCCCUCGAUUUACUGGGGGUGGAUUUCCCCUCAACCAGCCACACAAGGUGAAGUUGUAACUGGAAGCUGCUCGAUGGCUCAAGCUGAACAGCUCGGCUGGAACCUUGCGGAGGAAUCGUCUUCAACCCCUCAAAUCAUAGAUGUAUAGAAAAGGCUGGUGCCCAGCUUUUCGGAGUUGGAAGGGAUGGGCAACUAUCAGUGUCUUGUAUAUAAGAGUGAUGAUGUCGUACCUGAAGCACACGGACAUUAACAGACUGUGAUUGGAGCUCUUUAAUUAAGCUGGCCCUUGCCAUAGAGCUGAUCUUUCGUUACAGUCGCACUGACCGACUAGAAAUGUGCUAGGUUUAGAAACUCAGGGUGGAUGAAGCUUUGGGCAUCAAUUUCUCUAUUAUAGAUAUUUGAGCACUUGAAGGUUUUUUUUGUAUGCAAAAAUAUUUUAUAUGUAAAAAAAUGCAAUUCAUGCCCUCACAUCUUAUUAGUGAAAAUCUGUUUUAAUUAUUCCUCAUCAACAAGCCGUAACACGAGAUGAGAAAAAAAGGACACAUGACUGGGAUUUCGAAAAGUGUAUAUUGAGAGUGAUUUCCAUGUGGGACCUCGUUCCAGGCCUCGGGUAGGAAAAUCUGUUCUGAAGAAGAAAUG